AUGGCCUACGGGGAUGAUGAUGUUCUAUCUAUACCUUUUCGAAUAUUUGUUUAUAUCGUAGCGGGGCUACCUUUAUCUGCACUUAUUAUAUGUGUUCUGUCUUCAUUGUUACUGCAUUUCGAUGCCGCUACCAGAACGCACUGUGAAGUUGAGAACUGGUUACCGUCGAUUUCGGCCGCGGUGUCAACAUAUGCUCCUGAAAUGUACAUUUGGCGAAUGUUUAUCGCAGCACAUGCAGGACCAAGAUUUAUCGUAGCAUUCGCAACCAGGUAUGCAGCUUAGUU